AUGAUGAGACCAAAUCCCAAAACACUGGUAAGAUUCUUCAGUGAGCAAGGACAUCAAAAUAAUGGUUAUAUCAAUGAAGAAAAUGAAACAAACAAAAUAUUGCCAUCUUCACAUAAACAAUAUUUUCCAGAACCUAUCGAGCACGAUCAACCAUCAAAGAUGAAUUUUUUUCGACAGUUGUCGUCGCAGGCGGAACAGAAAUUACAGGACUUGGUAAUCAGUUCUGUCAAAUCAAUACUGGAAGAUAAACACGACGAUGCUAAGAUUAAUUCGCACAAGCCACCCCAUAGCAUUAUUGAAACUGGUCAAGGUUCUCAUCGUGAGAUGAAAUCAGGUAGUCAACGAUUCCGUUGGAAUCUUUUAUUCAAUCUUCUAGUUUGGCUGAUUGUGCCACUUCCAUUUUGGAUACCUUUUGUGUCUAAUAAACUUGCUUAUUAUUUAUUACCAUCCAUUCAAGGUCUAUUCGUUUUCAUGUGGACAAUUAUUGCUAUAUUGGCUUUAAAAAAUGCUAUUAUUUUAUAUGUGAACCGAUCUCGUGAUUUUACUAAAGACUGUGCUGGUCAAGGACAGAAACCUAUUCGUCAUAUUGUUGCCAUUAGUUGUUAUAAAGAACCCGUAGAUUUAAUUGCAAGAAGUGUUGAAACACUGGCAGACCAAACAGAAGUCCAUCGUAUAACAAUGGUAAUCUCAUUUGAAGAGCGAACACCAGACAAAGAAAAGAAAUGUGAAAUUUUACGUGAAAAAUUUCAAAAUUGUGGCUUUGAACGAAUUAUAUUCACUAUUCAUCCAUAUGGUGUGUGCGAUGAAAUACCAGGUAAAUGUUCAAAUUCAAAUUAUGGUCUUCGUACAGCCGUUAAAGAAAUGGCCAUUACUGAGGACGAAAUGGACAAUAUUCUAGUUACAGGGUGUGAUGCAGACUCUAAAUUUCCCAAACAAUAUAUUGCUGCAUUAACUAGCAAGUAUCUGAAAGAGAAUCGACCAGGACUAACCACAAUCUACCAGCCACCUUUGUUUUACAACUGGAAAUUGGAUAGUCUAUCGUUUGUGACUCGUGUAACAGGUUUAUUACGAAGUUUUCUUAUGUUAGGUGCAUUGAUUCCAUUCAAUAUAAAUACGAUGAGUAUUUUCUCAUUCUCAUUAAGUUUGGCAAAAAAAGGAGAUUUUGUUCAUCCUGGCUAUCAAAUGGACGAUAUUAUUUGUCUCAUUCGAUGGAUGGGUGUGACACAACGACGACUAAAAAUAUCCCUGGUACCUGUGCCAGUACUGAGUGGACCCACAUCAGGAGAAACAAUUGAAAAAGAAAUCAUAGAAUGGGCAAGACAAGCUCGUCGCUGGACAAUUGGAGCAGCCGAAGUAUUCCAUUACUUUAUAGUCAAGUCAAAACGUAUCCCAACAAUGGCUGCAUUUUCUUGGGGCACUGCUUUUCUUAUUUAUUACGGUGUUUUAUUGUGUACCGGUGGCCUGUUUGGUCUAACAUCGAUGUUAUCAAUGAAUUAUCUUGUCAAAGAUGUUCCCCUAGUUAUUUCCUACAUUAUGUUUGGUCUAUUGGGUUUACAAAUGUUAACAUUUUCAAUUGCAUUCCUAAUCGAUAUGUUUAUUCCGAAAAUAAUGAAUGUUGAUGAAUGUAUAUUUUUUCUACGUAAUUUAUUUCAUUUUAUAAUGACGCCAUUUGUCCUCUUGGCCUAUUCUUGUGUCGAAUUUUAUGCAUUACAUGAAGUCGUCUUUCUUGGUAAGAAAGUAUGCAAACAUGGUGCAUCAGAAAAAGUAGCUCUUUAG